GGGAGAGGAUGUUUUGAGAAGUGUUUCAGAGAAACUUCAAACCUGUGGAGAUGGAAAACGAGACAGUAAGUGAACUGAACCAAACACAGCUUCAGCCAAGAGCGGUGGUGGCCCUCGAGUACCAAGUGGUCACCAUCUUACUUGUGCUCAUAAUCUGUGGUUUGGGCAUCGUGGGCAACAUCAUGGUAGUGUUGGUGGUCAUGAGAACCAAGCACAUGAGGACCCCCACAAACUGCUACCUGGUGAGUCUGGCAGUAGCCGAUCUCAUGGUCUUGGUGGCUGCAGGCCUCCCCAACAUAACAGACAGUAUCUAUGGUUCCUGGGUCUACGGCUACGCCGGAUGCCUCUGCAUCACUUACCUCCAGUACUUGGGCAUUAAUGCAUCCUCUUGUUCCAUCACAGCCUUUACCAUCGAGAGGUACAUAGCGAUCUGUCACCCCAUCAAAGCCCAGUUUCUCUGCACAUUUUCCAGAGCCAAAAAGAUCAUCAUCUUUGUCUGGGCCUUCACAUCCAUUUAUUGUAUGCUCUGGUUCUUCUUGCUGGAUCUCAACAUUAGCACCUACAAAGAUGCUGUUGUGGUGUCGUGUGGCUACAAGAUCUCCAGGAAUUACUACUCACCUAUUUACCUAAUGGACUUUGGUGUCUUUUAUGUUGUGCCAAUGAUACUGGCCACCGUCCUCUACGGAUUCAUAGCUAGGAUCCUCUUCUUAAAUCCCAUUCCUUCAGAUCCUAAAGAAAACUCUAAGACAUGGAAAAACGACUCAACCCAUCAGAACAAGAAUUUGAACUCAAAGACCUCUAAUAGAUGUUUCAGCAGCACAGUAUCUUCGAGGAAGCAGGUCACCAAGAUGCUGGCAGUGGUUGUAAUUCUGUUUGCCCUUUUAUGGAUGCCCUACAGGACUCUUGUGGUUGUCAACUCAUUUCUCUCCAGCCCUUUCCAAGAAAAUUGGUUCUUGCUCUUUUGCAGAAUUUGCAUUUAUCUCAACAGUGCCAUCAACCCGGUGAUUUACAAUCUCAUGUCCCAGAAAUUCCGUGCAGCCUUCAGCAAGCUCUGCAAAUGCAAGCAGAAACCAGUGGAGAAACCCACUAACUACAGUGUGGCCCUAAAUUACAGUGUCAUCAAGGAGUCAGAUCCCUUCAGCACAGAGCUUGAUGAUAUCACUGUCACUGAUACUUAUUUAUCUGCCACAAAAGUAUCUUUUGAUGAUACCUGCUUGGCUUCUGAAAUAACCUUUAGCCAAAGCUGAUUCAUGAAUGAGAAGAAAAUGGACCACAGGGUAAAUGAGAAUCUGUGCCGUUAUCAGCCCAAGAGGAAACAGCCAAUACUUGUACAUGAAGACAGAGCAGAUAAAGUCUUUGCCAAGGCUCUAAUAAAUCCUGGCCCAAGAUACUUUAACCCAUAAGAAUGAUUCAUAUUUUCCUUCUAGUAUCACAAAAAUGUUUCCCCCAAAAUGGAGCAGAUUUGUGAAAGAGCCAAAUG